AUGUAUACAAAUGCAUCUUCUGCAGCUUUACUAACAUUGGAAACACUGGGUUUAUCAAAUGCAUACGUUUACCCAGCCUUCCUGUUUGGGACUUUAACAUAUAUGUGUAUAAUGUUUUUUAACUUGUUGGUAUUAAUAACUAUUGCUUGUAGUGCAAAGCUGCACAGGCCCAUGUUUAUCCUGCUGUUCAGCUUGCCCAUCAGUGACAUGUUGGGUGCGACAGCUCUUUUCCCUCAGCUUGUUUACAGCAUUGUGACACAAAACAGACUAAUUUCCCUCCCUGGGUGUUUUGUUCAGGCUUUUCUGGUUCAUUUUUAUGGUACAGGGAACUUGCUGAUCUUGAGUGCCAUGGCAUAUGACAGAUACAUUGCUAUAUGUUGUCCAUUGAGGUACAGUGCCAUCAUGACUCCUCUUUGCUUGGUAAGAAUGAUUAUUUUUAUAUGGUUACUUAAUUUCUCAGUAAUUGGUACUCUGUUCUUGUUAUUUAAACGGCUCAGGUUUUGCAGAACAAACAUAGUGGAUUUGUACUGUAACAAUCCAUCAUUAUUGAAAUUGACCUGUGACAACACCAGCGUGAACAACUACUAUGGAAUAUUUUUCAUUGUCUUUCUCCAAGGCGGAUCACUCUCAAUAAUUCUAUACACAUAUGCACAGAUUUUGCGUACAUGUGUUAUGACUAACCAGCCUGAUGCCCGAAAAAAAGCCAUUCAGACAUGUGGCACACAUUUAACCAUUUACCUUAUUCUACAAAUCAACACUCUAGCUACACUCCUCGCUCAUCGCUUUGAGAGUGUGUCCCCUUUACUGAGAAGAGCUCUGGGUGUGUCAGUUUUAAUUUUCCCCCCGUUUUUGGACCCAGUUAUUUAUGGACUGAAAACCAAAGAACUCAAGCAGAGCAUUCGAAUAUUCUUAAAGAGAAAUGUGAAUUAA